AGUUAUAUAUAGAGAUCAGUGGUCAUAAGGUUGGAUUUCAGUGUAAAGGCCUUCACACAUAAAAUUCCGUAAGGACGUAAAACGCCUUAACAAUCGAGGAUGGACCCGAUGUUACUGAAAAAUAAGUUUCGCGGUACGAUGCUGGGCGUUUUAGUCGGUGAUUGCCUUGGAGGUCCGUGUGAAGGCUUAAAAGUUAUGUCGGCUCGCAGAAAAGUUGAGUUGCAAGAAUGGCAGGAGAAAUUAUGGAACAGAAAGUUCAGAGAACCUGUCAUGGACUAUACGGAUGAUUCGGCAAUGACACGCUCUCUAGCUGAAUCAUUGAUCGAGAAACAAGAUCUGGAUAUUGUUGAUGUAGCUAGACGAUUUACAGAAUGUUAUCACAAAGAGCUUUUACGGAGUCAUCGUUAUGGGGCUGGUACUGUAACGGUUAGUUUUUUUACUAAGAAAUUAAUAUAAAUUGUCACAGUGGAUAUUAUUUAAUAUUAUAUGGUUAUUAUCAUAGUAAAUUAACAUGGGGAGUGCAGUAAGAGAAAGAGAACAAG